AUGGCGUGUGAAAAAUAUAAAUUACUUAACCUUUUCAUUUUCAUAUUAAGCUAUUUAUUCUUUAAAGUAGGGUCAUUCACUCCUGAGGGACGUUUAGCUCAUUCUACUGUCCUUGUUGAGAAUAAACUGUAUUUUUUUGGCGGAUAUGUUGAUAAUGCUAAUACUUGCACAAAUCAAGUGUUCUAUCUCGAUUUAUCUCAGUCAUUUAUUUUAACUGCUCCUCCAUGGGUAUCUCUUACGCAAAAUGCCGGAAUACCGUUCAAAAGUUGCUGGGGAACUGCAUUAUUGAAUGAUAAGGAACAAACUAUUAAUUUAUUCGGUGGAUUAAUGCGUAACGAUAUGAGACAAGAUGCUUUUGUAUCAAAUGUUCAUUCAUUUAAUUUAAAUUCUUUAUCUUGGAAUGUACCUAAUGUCAAAGGAACUCCACCAGAAAGACGCAGAAAUAUAAAUGGGGUUAUUGAUAAUACCGGAAAAAUAUAUAUUUUUGGUGGAUAUGUGGAUGAGACUUUAGGCUCAGCAACACUAAUACGUUACAAUGAUAUGGUCAUCCUAAAUACAGCUGAAUUAUCAUGGGUAAUCAUUCCAGCUAGUAAACCGUAUGCGCAAAGUUCAUAUACUGCAACAAUGUUAUCUAAUGGAGUUAUUGUAUAUAUUGGUGGUCUUGAAUCACUUGAAGACACUGCAACAAUAGUUGACAUUAAAAACAUUAACCUUUUUGAUACAAAUACCUUAACUUGGUCAGUAAAAAUUGCAACAGCUUCAAAUAUAAUUCAAAAUCCAAGUGCAAAUAUAACGACAAAUCCUGACCCAACAACAAAUUCAUCGCCAACUAUUGUUGUUGCAAAUAAUUCUAAUAGUGACUUGGUAACAAUGAAAAUUAUAAUCGCAGCUAUUGGAGGAACUGUAGGCGCCGUUAUAAUUAUUGCAUGUGGAUUUUUAUUUUAUAGAUGGAAUAGAAGUAGGAAUGAACAACGUGGAUUCAUUAAUGGGGAACAACAUAAUUUACCUGGAAGAUUUGUUGAAAAUGCUAAGGCUUGUACAAACCAAGUGUUUUAUCUCGAUUUAUCUCAAUCUUUUGAUCUGAUUGCUCCACCAUGGAUUUCACUUACGCAAAAUGCCGGAAUACCAUUCAAAAGUUGCCGGGGAACUGCUUUAUUGAAUGAAAAGGAACAAACUAUAUAUUUAUUCGGUGGAUUAAUGCGCAAUAAUUUAAAUAAAGAUGAAUUUGUAUCAAACGUACAUUCAUUAAAUUUAAAAUCCUUAUCGAAAAUAUAUAUUGUUGGUGGAUUUACUGGACCUACGUUAGGUUCACAAACAAUUAUACGUUACAAUGAUAUGGCCGUCCUAGAUACAGCUGAAUUAUCAUGGUUAAUCAUUCCAGCUAGUAAACCGUAUGCUGCAAAUUCUUAUACCGCAACAUUAUUGUCUAAUGGAGUUAUUGUAUAUAUUGGUAGUACAGAGACUCGAGAAGCUACUGCAACAUCGAUUGACAUUAAAAUCAAAUCAUUAACCUUUUUGAUACAAAGACCUUAA